AUGGCUCGGGCCAAGGAGGCAGUAGCUGUGGAGGGGGCCUCGGCUCUGCGGAGCUUUGACGUCCGCCUGAUGUCCCACCUUAACAGCCUGAGCCAGCUUGUCCUUGGUUGUGCUCUAGUGCCAGAGUUUACCCCUCCUGGGAAACCCACUGACGAGCGCACGGCGGUGGAGUAUUUAUUGGGCCAGACCAACAGAGGGGACCUGCUUGCUCCUGCACCUGCCCCUGAAAACCCCUCACAGGUGCUUGAGGAGGAGGAGGAGGAGGAGGAGGAGGAGGAGGCAUAUGCCCCCAUACACAUGCCAGAGCUGUUGGCUGGUGAUGCGAGGGACCAGUUGUUGGAGGGGGACACUGAACCCACUGAACCUGUCACACCCAAGACCAGCCAAUGUGACUCCAGAGGUGUUGUGGGAUGGGAGAGUGUGGACGCCCUGGCAGCCUAUCUCGUUGGCCUGAACCGCACCACCACUGCUCUGUCAGCCAAGGAGGAGGCAGACAUAGUCCCAAGAGACAGGGGUGGUGCCUCCUUGUACCUUGACAUCUCCUCUUCUGCCUGGGCUUGUGUGGUUCUGUUUCUCACCGCAGGACCUGCACUGUACAGCCAGAAGGGUAAAAAGAAGGGACAGGUGUCAGCAGGACCAUGGAGAGCACCCAGAAAGCCCAGUGGCUCUGCUCCAGGACAGCAGGCGGCAGAAAGACUGUACAUGAUUCAUGGCCAAGCAGCUCAGGACCCUGAAGCAAACAGAGUCAGUGAGUGUGUUUGCCUCAGACUGGCCAAAGAGUUUGAUCAGGCACGCAACAGGCCAAAGGACGUAAAGGGCAAGACCAUGCCCAUCCCACAGUCCAUCGUCAGCGUCUACAGCCACCUCAGACAGCUGCUGGAGGACAGCAGGGUGGUCCUGGGUCAGACCAACGUGGUGCUGGUACCAGUCAACAACACCACUGUCUCCUCAUGGCUGCUCAGGAGGGACAAGAGGAAGGACAGGGACAUGCUUCUGCAGGGCACUGUUCUUCCAAAACAGCUGCACCAGGCCAAGGAGCCUCUGCCUUCAGUGAGCACUCUCCCUGCUGCCCCUGAACCACAUGCUCAGGAGAUGACUUUUGAAGAGCCUGAGAAUCGUGAGGGAGAAGCUUUCCCCCGCCAGCGAAAUGUUGCAGGACCCAGCCAACCUGUGCCUCAUCCACCACCUCCCCCUUUCCCUUCACAAUAUGGACCAGCUCCUCCUCUCCAGCAAGCCCCUCAUUUACAUCACCCUCCAUUUCCCCAUGUUCCUCCACAUCUGCACCCCCAAUACCCUUAUCCUCCUCCAUUCCCCCAUGCUCCACCUUUUCAAUAUGCUCCUCCACUUCCACAAGCUCCUCCACUCCCCCAUGCUCCUCCGUGUCCCGAGGCUCCUCCGCUGCAGCAGCCUCCAGCAGGCCUUCCCUCUCAGCCAAGGCAGCGUGCAUGGAGGCUGAAUAAAGCUGCCCAGGAGGAUGAGGAGCGAGCAUUAAGGGGCGAACCACCGAAGAAGAGGUUGGCCAAAGAAAAGUACCACUACACCUGCAAGCAGUGUGGGGAGAACAAGAGCAAGACCACAGGACACACGCAGGUGAAAGGGCGGUGGUACUGUCCGGCCUCAGGUCUGACCCUGGAAGACUGGAGGAGGAGCCUCAACUGA